AUGCAGAUGACCCUCGAAGCCAUUAUUGGUAUUGUAGCCCUGUUUGUAGGGUUGCCACCUACAUGUUUUAUUCUCUGGAAAACUUGCAUUCGCAAGGGACAAAAGCAGAGGCACGCUAUAAUCCCAUUACACCGACGUCACACGAUCGCUCAAAACGACUCUCCUCAUUACGAACAACCAUAUUGGCCAGCACCUGGCUCCAUCUGGAGAUCUCGGACGAUCGUUGCCUUCGAAACAGAAAUGAACAGAUAUCCCAGUGACGAGCCUACCUCUCGACAGAGCUGGCCGGCUGAUGCCUUUAUCACAGGCCACUUGGGAGGUCAUCAUGCUUAA